AUGAAGAAAGUGAUUAAGUUCAUGAGCUGGGUGGGCUUCAGGAAUCUUGAGCGUCCUGAGCCUUCGUACAUCAUCGAUAAGAGUGAGCUACCAAAGCUCCACAGAGCUGCAUAUUUAGGCUAUGAUGAAAAAUUGCGGAAGUUGCUGUCACGUAAGAAAAAUGCUAUAGACAGCAGAGACAAGAACGACAGGACUCCGCUACACGUAGCCUGCAUCAGCGGCUGUCCAGCAGUGGUGGCUCUCCUUAUCCAGUUCAAUUGUGAUCUGAAUGCUUGUGACAAGGAAAGGACGACAGCUCUCAUCAGGGCUGUACAAUCCCUGAACAAGAGAUGUGCCGGUAUCCUGCUGGAACACGGUGCUAACCCAAAUCUUGAGGAUGGCAGUCAAAACACUGCUCUCCAUUAUGCCAUCUUGGAAGAGAGCAUGUCAAUUGCAACACAGCUGCUUUGCCAUAAUGCAAAUAUCGAGGCGAUAGACAAGAGUAAUUUGACACCAUUUUUACUCGCUGUCAAGGAGAACAAAAAGGAAAUGGUCAAAUUUUUGAUAGAGAAUGGGGCAAAUGUACAUGCAGUUGACAACGUGCAAAGAUCAGCGCUCAUACUUGCUGUAUUUCAUGACUCACCGGACAUAGUCAAGUUACUUCUUCAGGAAGGUGUUAGUCCCUAUUCUCAAGAUUCACACGGAAUGUCUGCUGAACAAUAUGCUUAUUCUAAUGGGUUUGAACAUGUUUCAUCCAUACCUGGUAUUGAUGAUUCAUGGCCUCCAUCAGAUGAUGACGCAGAUCUUGCUCCCAAGGACACAAUGAAUUUUGAGGUGUCUGACCCGAAAGAUAACAGCGAGGUGCUUCCUCGGCAACUUUCUGAAGCUGAAAGUCAAUUCCGUGGCCCAGAGAUUGAGCUAUAUCCCAGGAGAGAUGCUCUUAGAUCAAUGAUGUUGGUAUUAGAAUGUGUGCAUAGAGACCAAAACCAAGCCCAGUGUUCAAACAAGGAAAUUGAACCCUUGUAUCAGCAUGAACAAGGGAAAGUCAAUAAAUACGCUGGAAAGCAGGCAUCCUUGGAGGAGAGAUUGCGUGAACUACAAAGUGAAAACAUGUUGCUUCAACAGCAACUUCAUGUUGCUCAAAAUGAAGCCAAAAGUAAAAAGACAAUUAAUAUCCCAGAGCUGUUUCCAGAUCAGAUGAGUAAAGCCACGCAUAAACAACUUCUGAUGCUGGAGGGGAAACAAGCAAUCAAUGAAUGCAAAUGUGUAAAAGACAGAAUGUAUCAGUAUGAAACUGACAGAGCAGAAAUGCAAACCUGUGUGAGACAGCUUCAACAAGAACUGACUGACACCCGAAAGAAAGUGUCCAUGUUGGAAGCGUCCCUGGAGGUGACAGCACAUCAUCAGACUAAUGCAGAAAAUAAGACACAGCAUUUAGAGAGGAAAUUACAUCAAAUUGCAGAUCAAAAUGCUGAUCUUAUAGCAAAACUGGUUUCGACAACUUCAGCACUUCUCCAUCUGAGUGCAGAAACUCAACUUCUUCUGAAAGAGUUAUUAUGUAUGAAAGGGAUACAAAAGAAAUGUGAAACAUUAGAGGAGGAGAAAAAGAAGUUGGAAGAAGAAGUAGUAAACCUCAAACGUCACCUAGAAGUGAACACAGUGGAACGCAGUCAAGUGGAGCAGUACAAACAGGAGAUUGAUGAGCGAGCAAGACGGGAUGUAGCAGAAAAAUUGACAGAACUCAGUCAAGUCGUGCAGUGCAAACGGGAGACUGAAGAGCGAGCAAAACAGGAUGUAGCAGGAAUAUUGAAAGAACUCAGCCAGUUUUUACAGACACAAGCAGCAUAUGAAGAAAACUUGUUAAGAGCAUAUAAAAAUGCUUCAAUAAGUCAAAUGAAACACAAAAUUAAAUAUCUGGAAUCUGUUUUACUUUUCAGUUAG